AUGAGCUCCAUCACGCCGCCCACGUCGUCCCCGGCGUCUUCCUCCGGCCCUGCCAAGACCUCAGCCUCGAGUCGCUCCGUCACGCCCGAGCAGCCUCGCAAGAAGAAAUGGGCGCCCAAGAGCAGAACGGGAUGCUUGACCUGUCGCGCACGUAGAAUCAAGUGCGAUGAAGCGAAACCUGCCUGUAAAAAGUGUGUCUCCGGUGGGCGGACCUGCCAGGGCUAUGAAGACCCUUUCGUGACAUCGCACCAGCACCCUGCCAAGGUACAAGGAAAAGCCGGCAUUCGACUUCAGUCCUCCAACGCUCCCCAAGUAUGGCCAAUAGCCUCGUCGCGGCGGGCCUCCUCCAAAGUAGUCGAGCCCUUUCGCACGCAAACACUCGAGCCCUUCGAGUGCGACUUUGCACAAUGCGCCAAGUACUACUUUGAAGUCGUUCAUCCCAUCGCUUUCUAUAAGCUGGAUACGGACAAGCGGGUGAGAAUGGCCGUCGCCAACAUCAAGAACAUCAACCGGCCGCGCUUCAUCAUCCACGCCACCGCCGAGUACCUCAAUCGCGUGUCGCGCGCCCAGAACGCGCUGCCGAACCCGUCGGCGCUGCCGGCAUCGCGCAAGGAAUGGAACAAGUUUCAUCGGUACGCAUUGGAGGUCCUCCAAGACGUCAACCAAAAUAUUGAGCAGCACAAUCCGACCCCAGAGAGUAUGGCUGCUGUGCUGGUGCGAAUAUUCUCUCUAAUAAAUUCAGAGCUGUAUACCCUCGGGCCGUCAUGGCGUGCGCACAUCAUCGGCUUUCUUGCCUUUAUAAAAAUGAAGUGGAAUCUGGGGAGUAUUCUCAAGACUGGUCUUACCAUUCCUUCAACCACCUGGGUGAUAACCAACGCCGUCCUUGUCAAUACGACAAGCCCGCCAAAUAACCAAAUCAUGCCGGUGUACGACUUUUCACUCGACGAAAUCCGGCAAGUCUUUAGCCGCCAAUUCUACUCCGAGCUCCCCUGCCCGAGCGUCCUCUUCCUCUGCAUCCACCGCAUCAGCCAGCUGCGCAUGCGUCUCGCCAACGGCGAGCCCGCCGCCGCGCUGCGGCCCCUCGCCCGCGCCAUCCUCGACGAGGUCGAGCUCUUCGACGCCAAUUCCUGGACGGAGCCCUGGGGCGUGCCCGAUGACAAGCCGGCACUGCGUGUCCUGGCGCGCGCCUACCGGGCCGCGGUGCGGCUCUACGGCAUCAUGACCCUGCCGCUGCCCACCACCAGCGCGCACGGCAAGGAGACGGCGCGCGACGAGCUCAUGGCGCACGUUCGCGCGGCGAUGCCGCUGCUCGACGCCAAGCUGGCGCUGCACUGGUGCCUGCCGGUCGCGGGAGUCGCGCUCGCGGACGGGCCACUGGAGGAUCGCGCGCUCGUCGAGUACGUGCUGAUGGGGUGGAAGCAGGACAUGGAGUUUUACCUGCCGUUCCACGUCAGGGACACGCUGCGGCGCUUCUGGGCGUCGGGGUCCACGGCGUGGGACGACUGCUGGACGGAGCCGUUUCCUCCGCUUUGUUGA